AUGGGAUCAACCAUCUCAAUCCUCAAUUCCCUCCCACCCCUCCAGGAUCUCCUCCACCCGACCCCGGAAACAUUCACCCAAAUCCUCUCCAUCUGGCAAUACUUCGCUCCCUUCACAAUAUUCAUAUGGCUCACCACCUGGUUCCCAAUGGGCAAAACCUCGCUAAAAUCCUCCAUCUUCAACAUCCCAGGCCACCUCGCCUGGUCCGCCAUGGAACUCAUGGCGCCCCUAAACCUCAUCCAUGUGAUGCAAGCUCUCGCCCCAAAACUAAACACGGACCUCAGGUCCCUUCCACUCGCAAACCAGGUCGUAGCCGCACUGUAUCUCAUCCACUAUGCCAAUCGCGCGGUCAUCUCCCCGCUAUUCGCGGCCCCGAGCAUGUCCCCCAUCCAUGCUUCCAUCGCCGUCAGUGGUCUGACCUUCAAUUGGUUCACUUCGACCUGUCUUGCAGCGUGGUUGUUGGGGUACCAUAUCCCUGUGACCGGGUAUAGAACGGAUGGGUUUGGUGAUACGAGUUCUACCAGACCCGUGAUCUCAGAGUAUCUCCCCUACCUCGGAAUCGUGCUAUUCUUCCUGGGGAUGGCCGGGAACAUCAUCUCCGAGCGAACAUUCUUCCGACUCCGCCGCGAAGAGGCCGACAAACUGCACGCCCAGAAAGACAACCACGCAAAGGAUGCCGCGAACAAGUACUCCAAAGUCUACGUCAUCCCGCCGGCAAAGGGCCUUUUCCGAUUCAUCCUCUACCCGCAUUACGUCUUUGAAUGGCUCGAGUGGACGGGUUUCGUCCUCGUCGGCACCGCUGUGUACCCUGCGUCUGGGGCGGUUGCGCCCGAGAUGAGCCUUGCGCCGUGGUUGACUCCGGCGGCUGCGUUGGCGCAGAGGUUGCGCGUGCCGUUGCCAUUGGCGGCGGUGGUUUUCGUGGUGAAUGUCGUGACUUCCAUGGUGCCGCAGGCGAGGUUGGGGAUGAAGUGGUAUUUGAGCCGGUUUGGGAAGGACAAGAUUGCUGGGAGGGGCGCCGUGGUGCCUUUCUCGGGGUGGUUGUAG